AUGUUCCUGCUCAGCUUGAUUCCUGAAUUAGAAGAAUUAAGUGAUUCGCAAAUAAAACUUUUCAAGCGACAGGUGUUGAGAGUGAUUGAUGAUAUAAGUCUCUCGGGACACCAUCAGCAGCAGCCACGGUCCUCAUCAGGCCUCACCAUCCUCACCUCACCGACGAUGUCCGACUCAAGAGUGUCACAAAUAGACUUGACUCACAUGUCUGAUUAUCUUCCUACGCCACUUUUCCUUGUGUUUAAACACAAAAACGAGAGCGACAAUCUGUCCAAAGUGAGUCCCUUUGUGAUCAACAAGGCAUUAGUCGGAGCAGGCGGUUCGCCGUCAUCGGUCAGGAAACUUCGUAACGGAACUAUCCUGGUUGAGGCGGUAAACGCUCUACAAGCUCAGAAGUUCCUCUCCAUGAAGACUUUUUACGAUCAGGUAGAAAUCACUGUACAGCCUCAUGAAUCUCUAAAUUGCAGUAAGGGAAUAGUUUUCAGUCGCGAGAUGCUGUGUUGCUCAGAAGCGGAACUGAAGGAAGAGUUAAAGGAUUCUCUCGUCACUGAUGUGGUGAGAAUAACGAGGGUCGAGAAUGGUGUACCAACACCCACACCAGGUCACAUUUUGACCUUCGCCCUACCUCACCCACCAGCCACGAUUAGAGCAGGAUACCUUUCUCUUCAAGUUAAACCUUACUUCAGAAAUCCCCAAAGAUGUUUCAGAUGCCAGCGUUUCGGACAUUCGAGCAAAACAUGCAGCGGCUUAGAGACAUGUAGCAGAUGUGGUCAAAGUGGCCACAAUGACAAAGAUUGCACAAGCGGAGAAGAGCACUGUGUGAACUGUAAGGGCAAGCAUUCUUCAAGCUCUCGCAGUUGCAAGAUUUAUUUGGAGGAGAAAGAGAUAUUGAAGUUAGUUACACUAGAAAAACUGUCUUUUGGCGACGCCCGUAGGGAGUAUAGGAGACGACUUGGACAAACUCCAAGAAAAGACAUCUCCUACUCUCAGGCCGCUUCUGCUCCUCCAGCCCAGCCCGCACAGUGCUCCUCCUGCUCCGCUCUGGAGGGCAUGGUGCGAGAACUCACUAAACAGGUCGCUGCCUUGGUGCAGCAGUUAAAUGCCAAGGCCUUGCCGCAAACACAAGCGAGUAGUCAUACGACUUCUGCCCCCGUAGCACAGGGACCCCCGAAACAAACAGGAGCCAUUCCCAGGCCAGUUUCUGUGUCCGUGGCACCCGCUAAAGGUAAAGAACGACCAUCUAACCAUUCCAAAACGGCAGAGGAAAGGAAGUCUCUCCAAGAGAGACUUAAAACCCAAAUCCGAUCGAAAGCUCAGGCGAGAACAAAGGGAAGCACUGUUUCACCCCCCACUCCCAGCUCUUCUCAACUUUCCAUAGUUGAUGAGGAUGAAAUGGGAGAUGACCUUCUGCUUCGAUCGGAAUUUCAAACAACUCAAGGUGCCUCUGAGGUGCCCCUCCAAUCCAAUCUCCAAUGUGUUUGUGUGUCAAUCCAAGUUCCGUUUAAACUGUAUAUAUGUACUGUCUACUUUCCACCAAUCCCAGUCACCCUCUGUCAAGGUGAUCUCGAGGCACUGAUCGGCCAGUUACCGAAGCCUUUUCUUCUCCUAGGCGACUUCAAUGCCCACCACAACAUUUGGGGGUCAGACCAUUCCACACCAAGGGGAAACUUGGUCGCAAGAGUCCUCGGAGAUCAAAACAUCUUCGUCCUUAAUGACGGAUCCCCAACUUACCUGUGUCCAAGGACGGGAGGUCGGUCUGCUAUAGAUUUAUCUAUAUGCAGUCCAGAACUUGCUCAUAGAUUCGACUGGGAGGUCCUCUCCGACACAUUCGGGAGUGAUCACUUCCCAAUUCAGAUCAAAAUACCUGAUUCUUCGUUGAAUAUCACUAGAAGACCAAAAUGGAUCAUCGAUAAAGCAGCUCAGGAUAGCAUUCCGAAGACAUCACCCGAACCAAGACGAAAAAAUGUUCCUUGGUGGACAGAGGAGUGUUCGAGAGCAUUGCGAGAGCGAAGACGCGCACUGCGAAGAUUCAACAAACGCCCAACCCAAGAAAAUCUUGAAACCUACCGGUUCCAUAGGGCAAAAACGCGACGAGUCUUCAGAAAUUCCCGAAGAACCUCAUGGCAAAAUUUCGUGACCACAAUAUCUCGAACAACUCCAAAGGCCGAAGUAUGGAGAAGGUUAAGGUCGGUGUGCGGCAAAUCCCAACCUUUGCCAAUUUUGGGACUCAAGUCGGGCGGAGACGUUGUGACUGAUCCCCGGGAUGUUGCCGACCUGUUGGCCUCCUCUAUAUCGGAGGUUUCAAAAAGUUCGUCUUACUGUCCUGAGUUUUUGAGAUAUAAGCAAUAUUCUGAACAAAUAGACAUACUACUCAACAAUCCAAAUCCAUGUCCCUUAAAUAUAAGUUUUUCUAUGCAGGAGUUGGACUCCGCACUGUCAUGUACUUCCAACUCUGCUCCUGGUCCGGAUGACGUACACUAUGCCAUGCUUAGACAUUUACCCUCAGAGGGUAAGGGGGCCCUCUUAGCGCUCUACAAUAGAGUGUUUGAGGAACAAACUUUCCCACUAGCAUGGCGUAAAUCCCACGUUAUCCCCUUAUACAAACCGGGACAGGACAAACUAUCUCCGUCUAGUUACCGGCCCAUCUCGCUUACCAGCUGCCUUUCUAAGGUGUUGGAGCGGAUGGUAAACCGUAGGCUAAUCUGGUUCCUCGAAAAGAACAAGCUCCUUUCGAGAGAGCAAUGCGGCUUUCGCCAAGGACGAUCGACGUUGGACCUCAUGGUUUCCCUUGAGACAACAAUACGUGACGCAUUCCUUGAGGGAAAGCAAGUAGUCGCUGUAUUUUUUGACCUGAAAAAAGCAUAUGACACAGCGUGGCGGAGAGGCAUCAUUAACACUUUCCAGGCAUGGGGAGUGAGUGGUAAUAUGCUGGCUUUCAUUCAGGGGUUCAUGUCUGACCGUACAUUUCAGGUUAGACUAGGGACAAACCUAUCCAGCACAACCAAUCUGGAGAACGGGGUACCACAGGGAAGCGUUUUGAGCUGCACGUUAUUCGCCGUCGCCAUAAACGGCAUAACGGCUUGUGUCCGCCAUCCUGUACGCUGUUCUUUGUUUGUGGACGACUUCGCCGUUUACGUCUCUGCAAGAAGACUUGUUACGGCGGAGCGUUCCCUGCAGCUAACUAUAAAGCGACUAGAGGAAUGGAGUAGACGGACGGGAUUUUCGUUCUCUACUUCCAAAACCCAAUGUAUAACAUUCUCCAGACUAAGAAACUAUUUAGAACCGUCACUUACUUUGAACAGAUCCCGAAUAACAUCAAGUCGGACUGUGAGAUUCUUGGGUCUUACAUUUGAUUCCCGACUUACAUGGAUCCCUCACUUAAAAUCCCUUAAGGCAAAAUGUCUACAAAGGCUAAAUAUGCUUCGAGUUCUUACUGGGACCAAGUGGGGCGCGGACAGGACAUGUAUGCUACGUUUCUACAAAGCUUUUGUCCGUUCGUGCCUUGACUAUGGUUCUCAGGUUUAUUCUUCUGCCCGGCCAAACGCGUUAGGAAUGCUUGAUUCGAUUCACCACUCUGCGAUCAGGUUGGCUACUGGAGCUUUUCGUUCAAGCCCUACACCUAGUUUAUUAGCGGAGGCUAGUGAACCAAUGCUGGAUAUGAGACGCAAGCAACUUGCCAUAAAUUAUUUUCACUCCCUUAAAGCCAAGCCCGAAAAUCCGGCAUAUGAACACGUAUUUGAAAAUUACUUGAUCGAAGUCUAUGCUAAUCGCCUUAACAUCUCAGCUCCAUUUGGACUAAGGGCUAAAGCGCUUCUCUCGGACCUUGGUAUCGAGGAGUACCAAGUAAGCCAAUGCUACCAGAGUGAUAUCUCCCCUGUGCUCGGGGCACCUUGCGACAUAAUUUACACUGAUGGAUCUAGGUCUGAGAAUGGCACCGGAUGUGCGUUCAUAACGGCGAGUCGUGAGUAUAGAUUCUGUCUGCCCUCUGUAGCGUCAGUCUACACGGCAGAACUGACCGCUAUUUUGAAAGCAUUGAACAUCGUCUGCCCCAGGACCAGAAGGCUGGUCAUCUGCUCCGACUCGCUUAGUAGUCUGCAAGCAAUCAAGGACAUGUAUCCAAAACAUGUCCUUGUGCGCGAUAUCCGAUGUGCCAUUCACAGACUUCAAGUCCAAAAUAUACAGGUUGUUCUGGUGUGGGUGCCCGGUCACGCGGGAAUUCCCGGAAAUGAGCUUGCCGACAAGGCUGCUGGGAGUGCUCAUGAGCUUCCUCCUUUUACUGCUAUGGUGACAGGGUCAGACCUAAAGCCAAUGGUGAAGGAGAAGUUAAGACGAGUUUGGGGUGAUUCUUGGUCUCGGACGGUGUGCAACAAGCUGAGAGCCAUAAAACACACAGUAGCUCCCUGGGGGACAGCCAUCCGCGAGAACCGCAGAGAGGAAGUAGUGUUGUGUCGGUUGCGAAUCGGUCACGCGCUGCUGACUCACGGGUACCUCAUGAGUCGCGGGGAUCCCCCGGAGUGUGCGCGUUGUGGAGUGGCUUUUGAGUGUUGA